UCACCGGCGGUGUAUUCAUUUGAAUGGUCCAACUGUGGGACGCUAACACAGUUGUUGCUGUUGAGUUUGAUCAGUUUUUUCACGUUCUGGAUUUACUUUCCUGUGGUGACCUCAAGAGACUACCCAAAAUGAAUCGGGUCCCAUAUUAUUGUAGCUGGAAAGCAUGAUUUGGGAAGCAUGUCCGGCUACGGGAAGUCUUUGAAGUUUACCAGUAUAAAUCCAAUGGCUUUCUGCGGUCCUGCCUGCAUCUGUGUGCUGCAAAGAACAUGAAGCAGGUGGAUAUUGUAAAUAAGGAAGAAUUAGAUAAAGAAAGAUUUCAAGUCCAGUACAGAUCACACAGCCCAGGCAAAGCAAAGCAUCGAUUGUCGUCUCUCAAGAGGAAGGGUUGUCCAGUGGUGGAGGUGGGCUUGAAGCUGCGCCGCAAGACAUCCGAUGUAGGCUGUGCCCGUGACCACGGCAUGGCCAACAAAGAAAAUGAGCUGACGUGCUCCGAUGAUGUGCGGGGCAUGCACUACAAUGACAACUGCGGGCUCCCAGUGAACUCUGCAGAGGCCUCCAAAAUGGCAGGGGCCAGCUCUAAGUACAGCGACUUCACUGAGCUGACAAAGGACCAUGAAGCUAUGACUCACGUCCUUUUUGGAAGGAAUCUUCGACUAAAAGUUGCCCAAACACUAUGGCGAAGAAACGCUAGUGAGUUAGUGGCCUACCUAAUCAGAAUCCAAGACACAGGGGUGCUGCUUGACUGCUUACCUGUGCUAACAAACAACCUUCAAAAUGAAGCACCAUGUUUGUCACUUGGCUGCUGCGUCGACCUCAUGCCUCAAGUGAAAGUGAUUCUUGCCAGUAAAUACGAAGAACACUUAGCAGUGGGUUUACACUGGGUUCAAUCUGUCAUCAGGAAGUGGUGGCCAGAACUUUCUAAGAAUGAGAAAAGACUGCGGGACAGUUGUUCAGAAGACAGGAAUAUUGAAAUCAUGAAGCAGCGACUAAAGGACUUGUGGAAGGAAGGAGCCCGAUUAUGUUUGGUUCCAGGAUCGACAGGAGAACUGGCAAAGGCUAUAGAGGCUUAUCUAUCACAGCUGCCCUGACAGUUGUCUCUGCAGCACUCCGAGGAUGUGACCACUACUGCCGGAUCACGGCUGUGUUUUGAACUGAUAAUGAUUCCACAGAAAUUGACUGGUUGCAGUUGAAACCUCUUUCUGGGGCUGAACUUGAGAAUUCAGAUUACUCUCAGUCAGACCUGGAGACCCCAGAGGAGGGUUGGAGGGAGCCUCUCUGCAAAAGAAAAUAAUAACAAACACAGCAAAUGACUGCUUCACAUUGAAGUGGACCGUCUUGUGAAGGGGCAGAUCUACUGGACCUCCAUGAGACGGGGUGUUACGUCGCUCUAUGAAGUGCCAAGCUCUUUGUCUGUCACUACAUCACUCUUUGCCAUUGAAUGCAAAUGCACUUGUGGAUGUUAUGAAUGCUCCGAUGUCUUGAUGUUUUUUGCACCUGGGUCCCCUGGAAUCAGGAACUUGAAUCUGCAACAGUCUUAAGUUAUUAGAGCUCCUCCUGUUUUCAUUUUGCCUCUUCCUUUGACAUUUGAUCAUGUUAAGUGUAAAAACAAGUGAUUCUUUUAAUCUUCUGUUAAAUAAAUUUGAGAAAAAUCAAACGGGAAUUUUUGA